AGGCUGAGGCUGUUCCUCUUCCUGAAGAGGAUGAUGACCUUUAGUCGUUUUUGAUAUUUUACAUGACACAUGUUUCAAUAAUUUUCUGUCUGUCCACCUUCCUUUCUACAGAGUACUUGUGUUAUAUUUCCAUCCAUCCUCUCUGCAUAUCCAUCUAUAUUUUUCUUCUCGCCACAUCAAUUGAUUCCUCUACUGUGUAUCGACAUACAUAUGCCGUUUGAAGCCUCGGAAUCCUAUGUUGCGUUACAUGGUGCAUCAGGAUAUGAUUAACAGCGGAAUCUUGUUCAGACUUGGUUACAUUGGAAUGCACAAAAU